UGCCAGCCGGGAAUUAUUAUUAUUUUUAUCGAUUUGACGUUCUGUUAAAACCGCGCUCUAAAUAGUGUUUUUUAACUUGCUAAUUUGGCUAGUGCAGCAGAGAUCUAAAGGAAAGGUUUUGACUAGAUAAAAGCUGUCACAAUUUAAAACGGAAGCGAUGUGACGUGCUCAAAGUAGCACCUCUUAGAUGUAUUUCACCAGAAAAGACAUUGAUAUGUGUAUAUGUCGGCUAUACAAAGCAGUACUCCGAUACAACAACGGCAGCAUGUUAAACCACAUCAAAUACAAGCACCCAGCCAUCGUAACAGAAGCUUUAGGUGGUAAAUCAAAAACGACCGUCGGGUCGUUGAAGUACAGCAAAAGAGAAGCUGCAAUAAAGGAAGAGAAGACCCUGUCCAAGAAGAGCACAUAUGAGGAAGAUGAGCCAUGCCCUAAAAGAGGGAUGUCAAAGCAAGAACCCAAUACUUCAGAGAUACCCUUGACAGAAGGUGGGGCUCCAGAGCAGUUUGAGUUUCAGUAUGGACUUGAGGGACCAACAUUUAAGAAUGAGAAUGGGGAGUCCUCCAAGAGCCAUCUGUCCAUCAUCAAAGUAGAACAACUGGACUCCCUCCUCCCAGACCAAACAGACUCCAGCUGUGGUUCAGGGUCACCUGGGGAUUCGGGGCCUCCUGGCUCGUCUGGUUCUGGGUCCAAUUCUAGUCCGGCUUCACAGUUUUUCAGGAAGUGCCACCAGGCAGGCUGCACACAAUUCAUCUUCUCGGAGUUCGCCUCCCGUCUCAGCACCAUCACUGAGAGGAUCGCAUCCCAGCAGGCCAGCGAGGAAGAUUUCAACCUCACCCUGAAAGUGCUGGAAGCCUCUGGGAUGCUGCCAGAGAUCUUUACCAAAAGAGACCAAGAAAUGGAGAAGAGACUGAGGGAGCUACAGAGAGAGACUGUAGCGGUGAGGACAGCCAGGUCUGCCAUGAGAGAUGCUUGCGUCAUGAGCUUCACCUCAUCAUGACGGAGCACCGCUGAAGAUCAAAGCGGUUUUAUAAGGCGUUAUAACCAGGGCCUGGAGUUUCUGACAACUUGACUGAAUCAAAUCAAAUGUAUUUAUAUAGCCCUUCGUACAUCAGCUGAUAUCUCAAAGUGCUGUACAGAAACCCAGCCUAAAACCCCAAACAGCAAGCAA